AUGCCCAUUUUGUGGAAGGACAAGGAAAAACUUUCAAGUUUGUUUUUUUGUCUCCCGAAAAUGGAUGAGGAGGAGAUUGACUUUAAAGUUGAAGCAGAAGCUGUGAUAGAGGACAUUGGUUUCACCGUCAAAUCGAUCAGCGUUUCAAGGAAGCUUCCCUCUUCUCGCGAGUGUGUUUACUUGAAUGUGCUGACUAAGGAAUGUAAAAGCCUGUGCAUUGAACUUAGUGUCUUAGGAUUUCGGGUAAGUUAUGUUUUUUUUCUCAAUGCCUUAGUUCGUAUUCAUCGCUCUGUGCUAUAAUUAACAAUGAGUUGUUUGAAAUUAUGAAAAUGAGUUGUUUCCGAUAAAGUGAGGCGCAAAAACAAAACCCGUCGGUACUUUCACCUCACGUGCGACUCAUAAUUAUAAUUUUUCUACCGAAAAGCCGGUUUCACCGCUGCAAUAAAUAAAUAAAUACUAUUACUGGAUUAAAGCUUUUACUUUUUUUCAAGACUACGUGCAGGUACACGAUCUUGUACAGCGACCACCACAGAAUUGAACAAAGUAGUGUGGACAUUCCAAGGCAACUUUAUUUGUUUGUUGAUUUGUAUAUAUGAUAUAAUAUAAUAAUAACUUUAGGCGACACCUUCAAAAUUUCUUUUCCAGCAAUGAUAAUAAUACACUGAUUUAUCCUGUACUUGUACUCCAACAACAUUGUUUGUAUUUGUUACACUUACAGGUCAAAAUUAAAUUCAGGUUAAAAUUUUAUAACCUAUAACCUUCCUGUAAUUUCUUGAUUCCCUCAUUAAACAAAAUUUUCUUGCAGUUCUCCCUCCCUCCACCCUAUACAAAGUUGAAAAUUAAAAAAUCAAAAAGUUAAAAAUUCUGUAUACAUGUGUCAAAUGUUGUUUGUGAGGUGAGGGGAGGGGUUGGACCUGUGUGAAUUGGAAGCAACCAAAAAUGCAAAAAUGCCCCAAGACUUUUGUCCAUGAUUGUAGUUUGAUUUUUGUAAUUUCCUUUGUCUCCUUGAUCUAAAUUAUUUAUGAAUUAUGGUCAGAAUCAAAAACAAAAGAAGUUGAGAAUCAACAUAGGUUAAAAAAAAUUUUGACCUGAAUUUCAUUUUUACCUCUAACAUGUUCAGUGUUGUCAUUUAAUGCUUAUUUGAAAAAUUAUUCAACAUUUCAGGUUGUUGGUGAUAACUUUGAUGAGAAUCAAGAAGCAAAGGCAUCUAAGUAUUUUGAGACAAUGUAUGCCUUAUUAGAUUCAGUUAGUCCUGGAUAUUCUCAAUCAUUUGGAGAAGCUCUUAUAAAGAAACUCUCUUCACUCCAACGUGAUGGAGCUGUAGAUGAUGAUCAAGCUAACUGUGAUAUCCCUGAUGAGAAGACUGAUGAUGUUACAACUGCGUCUUGA